AUGAAGGUUGGAGGAUUCAUUACGGUGAGAAUAAUAAAAGAAAUGUUAUUAUUUAUAAAGUAUGCUAGGGCAGGAAUGCUAAACAAGAAGGUUUUGGGAGUUGUAAAAAUAGAUUUUAAAGAAUGGAUAAGAGAAGAAAAUGUUUUUAAGAAAGUUAAAAAGAGAGAGUUAGGUCUGAAGUUUGUAACUUUGGAACAAGAUGCUACCUGCAAAUUACCAAAAUGGCCAAAUUUCGUUUCUGAUUAUAAAAUAUUUGUCGAUAUUCAACGUGGUCAUGUGGUGUAUGAUAAGGAAGAAAAUGCCCAAUAUGUAAACGUUACUGGAUGUCCUGAUGAAUCUACAUUUAAAUAUCACUAUAAGUCUAUGGGAACAGAUUGGACUAUUUGGGAUCAGAAAAAUGAUAGUUUAUUUAGGCUCGAGGAGGAUUACGUAUUCCUUCAAUGCACUGAUGGAUCUAACGCUAGUAUGAUAAGAAAAUUAAUCAAGGAAGCAGAUGCUGUAUAUAACGAAGAACUUAGAUCUCAUUUAUCGGCUGCCAAUAAUCCAAUACAUCCUCAACCUCUCGUCGAUGAUGUAGUAACCUUCCUUCUUGAUGCUGAAUGUAGAGAAAAAUUCAAACAUGAAUUUGUUCAUGUAAUGGAAUUUUUUCAAAAUAUAGAGAAAUAUACAGGAGGAUCUUAUAAAUGGUUCUCAAUGGAAAGAUUCAAUGUCUUGGAACAAAAUUCUUUAACAAAUAAGCCUUUCAUUUAUGCUGGCCAAAGCUUACAAAAUUUAGAGUCUGAACAAAAAGGGAAUUGGCUAUGGGAUAUAUUUGAGGAACAAGGUUUCGUUAUUGCUCAUUCAGAUGGACAAUGUAAUAAACUUGACGAUCCUUUAUCUGGUGACAUGGUGUAUUAUUAUAUGCAAGAAAAAGCACGUGAUGGAUCUAAACGUACACAACCAGGAAACCAUUUCUUUCCUGUAACUUCCAUUUGUGAUAAUCUUUCCAUAUUAGAAAAUUUUGAUGCUUCAUGCAAAUUCCUAAAUGGCACUGAUAGUUCAUUAUACAUGGAUGGUUUCACCUUCGGAUAUGCUCCAUAUUGUAUAGGUGUAACACAGCAUACCCUUGAUUGGGUUGAAGAAUUCCUCAUGCAAUAUCCAGGAAAAAACCGGUUUAUAAGCUCAACCUAUUUAGAUACUCAUAUCGACGGACAUUCUCAUACCGCACUUGAUAAUGAUCUAGUAAAUUUACUUAAAAAAAUGAUUGUUGGUAACAAAGUGACAGGAGAAAAACCUUUACUUUCUAAAAACAGCGUUAUAAUCUUUCAUAGCGAUCAUGGAUUGCAUUAUGGUGACGAAUACUGGUUUUUUGAAGGUUACAUGCAUCACCAUCAACCUACUCUUAUGAUGUUAUUCCCCACUCAGCUUUUAGAUGCUCAUCCAAAUUUUGAGGCAUCUCUUAUAUCUAAUAAGUACCUUUUAUCAUCACAUAUGGAUUUACAUCAAACUCUUCUACAUCUGGCAUAUGGUGGUUUCGGUGAAAAAUAUAUGCCAGAAGUGUUAACCACCAAUUUAAAUGAUUAUAAUAAAUAUAAUAAAUUUAUAAAUUCUUUCCUUGCUGAUCCUUCUUUUCGAAAGAAUAAUCCAGAUAACCUUGAAAUUCGAACAGAUGCUCAAAUGUAUGGGCAAUCAUUUCUGACGCCGAUGGAUAAAAACCGCACUUGUGGCUCAAUAAAUAUUCCUUUAGAUUUUUGUCCAUGUCUUGAAUACGAAGAUCUCAACUAUAGCGAUAAAGAACAGAUGGAAGAUAAAGAACAGAUGGAAAAAAUUGAUAAUAUAAUUUCCUUGGGAGUAACUAAAAUCAACGACAUGUUAACAGAAUAUAAUUUUAAUUCAGUAUGCCAUACCUUUGCUUUUAAACCAUCCAAAGAAGACAACAAAAAUAUUACUGUAUCUUUUAAAAAUGGGUUUAUAUCGUCUGAAAAUGGAGUAUACACAAUCAUCGUUAAAGUAAAUGGGUAUGAUGCUCUAUUAACAUUUCAUGCUAUUUAUAAUUGGGUAGAUGUAACACAAGGCACUAAAUUUAGAAAAGAGUGGGAUAUAUGCCAGCCAAGAUUGAAGGAAAUGUUGGGUGAAUCUUUAGAUGAGUAUAAGGAAAAGUCUGCAAAACAAUUUUGUUUUUGCUCAAAAUAA